UUACACUUUGUUGUUGCCGAUACUUGUUUUGGUUUUAAAAAAAAAUCUAAGUUUCCACAUAGCAUACGCUGUUAAGUGGCUUUAAAAUGGUAAAAAUAUCAUUACAAAUACGAGCAACGCUGGAAUGCAUCGAGAAGUUAUACACAAGUCAUCCACAUUACCAAUGGUUCUUGAAACUAAAGUGCAGCAGCUGCGGCGAGGUGACCGAAAAGUUCCACGAUCUCACGGAAGCUGAUAAAGUGCCUCAGAAGCAUAAUAGGUCGGAAACGAACCUUCUUAUUAAGUGUAAGCUGUGUUCCAGGGAAAACAAUAUUGAUGUUAUCGAAGGAAGCAAUGGAGCAUUUACAAGCAAUGAUGUUGGUAAAUACAAAAGCAUAGUAACAUUCGAUUGCAGGGGUAUUGAGCCUGUUGAUUUUGAACCUAAGUCUGGCUGGAUUGCGGAAGCUGAAGAUGAUGGUAAGAAAUUCGAAGAUGUUGAUUUGACAGAAAAGGAAUGGGUUGACUAUGAUGAGAAGAACAGAACUUCAGUAGGUAUUUACGAAUUAGAGUGGCAGUUUAUUAAGGUGAAAUAGUUUGUAACUUCAAAAAGAUGAACUCUUAUUAUCUUUAAAUAAUAAUGUACUAGAUAUGUGUUCUUGUACAAAAUAUAACAGCUAAAAUCGCCAGGUUUUUAUUGAUAUUUGUCUGUUGUGUUUAAAAACAUUGAAUACAGAUAAUAAUAAUUAUGUUCUCAUUUAACACGGUAAAUUUAGGAACUCUUAUCGCCUGUUUUGAACAUGAUUAUUAGAGAAGUAUCAAAAAAAGGAACAAAUUUGUGGGUGAGAAUAUAUUUUUCACUUAGUUUGCACACACAGCCUGGUAGUAAACGUAGACUGGGUCAUCACUUCUUACUGAGAAGAUUACAGUCAGGACUAACUUAUGGUACAAUUUAAAAAAAAACUUCAAAAAUGGACACUACCAUCUAGUAUAUUGUUGAUUGAAGGUAAUCAGGAAAACGUGAACAGGCAAUCUUUGCAAAGACUAAUAAUUUAUGGUGCCAACUCUGGAUAACACAAAUCACACUAAACUUAAUUUACAGGUCUUAAAGUAGUGCUGUCCUUUUAACAUGUUUAGUUUAGUGAUUUUGAAGUGAAACUUGAUAUCAAUGUGGGAAUCAAAAAAAUACAUUGAUAAUAAGUUUAUAAAAAUACCAAAAAGAGCUGGUUUUUGAUAUGGUAUUUAGUCUUUUUUUUAUAUAAAUGAAAUGUGUUGUAAAUUAUACUCAUUUAAUUCUAAUAAGUAUGUAUCUUUACUAUAUAUACUUAAAUUUAA